AUGAGUCUGGCUUCGGAUAAAGGAAGCUUGGGUGGCUCUUCCGAGCCUAAACAUGUUGAGAGAGCGUCUCAAAGCGGCGAUGCUGCUGAUCUCACAGCUUUGGGCUACAAGCCUGAACUUCAAAGGAAUCGUUCCAUGUUUACUCUUCUCUUCCAAUCGCUAGCAAUUGCUGCUAUCCCUUAUGGUUUCGGUGCACCUCUCAUUAAUGCCGUCUAUGGCGGUGGCCAACUAUCCAUGUUUCUCGGUUGGAUCGUCGUCUGUAUCCUCGAUGAAUGUAUCGCCAUUUCCCUUGGCGAACUCGCCGCUCGAUGGCCCACGUCCGCAGGGUGGACAUGGCUCGUUGGUAAUUGGACUAUUACACUAUCAGUCAACUUUGGCUUCGCUUCACUACUAGCUGGUGGUAUCAGCAUCUUCCUUCCGGAAUACGAUUGGCAACCAUGGAAGCUUGUGCUCAUCUUUUACGGUCUCUGCGUAUUCACCUGGGUAAUCGUCGCUUUUGGAAAUAAGUUUCUUCCAACAGUUGAUACGUUUUGUGCCGCAUUUACGGCCAUUACUAUCUUUAUUGCCUGUGUGUAUCUGUCGACUGAGGCAAAGGAUGGGAGACACUCACCGAGUUACACGCUUGGACACUUUGAUCCAAACCUGUCAGGAUGGGGAAACUUUGGGUUCUGGGUUGGAGCUUUGCCUUCAGCUUAUACGUUCUCUGCUAUUGGCAUGAUCACAGCCAUGGCUGAGGAAUGCGGCGAUGUCACCGUGAAACUUCCUAGGGCAAUGUCUCUUUGCAUCCCUGUUGGUUGUAUUGCAGGCUUAUUCUUUAUCAUCCCCAUUUGCGCCACACUGCCUCCUCUGGAGAUACUUCUAGAAGCACCACUCGCCCAAGUCUUGCCAGUCAUUUUCUACCGAGUCACGGGAAGCAAAGCUGGCGCUAUGGCCCUUGUCGUAUUGGUUCUCAUCGUGACACUCUUUUGCUCAAUCUCUAUCACUGUCGCUGCUUCCCGAACGACAUGGGCUUUUGCGCGUGAUAGAGCUAUUCCUCUUUCCAGAGUGUGGUCCAAGGUUGAUAAGAGACAUGGUACACCUAUCAUGGCUCUUACCCUGACCACGAUCAUUGAAAUGCUUCUCGGUCUUAUUUACCUUGGUUCAAGCUCUGCAUUCAACGCCUUUAUCGCGGUGGGUGUUAUUGGACUUGCGGCCUCGUACGCAAUUCCCAUCUUCUUGUCUAUGCUAACCCGUCGUGCUGGUGUUAACACGGCCCCUUGGACGUUUGGAAAUAAAUUCGGGUGGAUUAUCAAUGUUGUAGCUGUGGCAUGGAUUCUCUUUGAGAUGUUUCUUUUUACCCUACCCGUUGCAAUCCCUGUUAAUGCUGCCACGAUGAACUAUGCUGUUGUUGUCUUCUUUGGCUUCAUGGCCAUCUCAGCGGUUUGGUACGUUGUGCAUGCUAGACAUGUCUACAAGGGACCUCCUGAGUCUGAUGGGCUGAGUAAGUAG